UUAACCAUUUAGCGCGUGGUCUGUCUGUUUGCGCUACCAAUUGUUGACACAAAAAGGUUCGUCGUCGUUUGGUCUUCAAUAUUAAUAUGCUACGAUCAUCUUUUCUUUGUAAUUCAAAAAAAUGGAAUCUACUGCAAAGACUUGUUCAUUCAGAAGCUAUCACUUAUACUGAGCAUGGCGAUCCAGAACAGGUUUUACGUUUCUCAUCCACUCCAGUACAUCCGUUUGCAAAUGACGAGGUUUUGGUAAAAGUUCACGCGGCCCCUAUUAAUCCAUCGGAUAUCAACACGAUACAAGGUACUUAUCCAAUCAAACCAAAACUACCUGCUGUUGCUGGGAAUGAAGGUGCGGGUAAAAUUAUUGCGUGUGGGAAGAACGUGGAUGGUUUCUCCGUAGGCGAUACAGUUAUUCCUUUGGAAUUAGCGUCAGGGACAUGGCAAACAUACUGGUGUGGUAAAGCUGACAGUUUCUUGAAGAUAAAACAUCCCAUCCCGAUAUCUUAUGCUGCAACAUUAGCAAUUAAUCCUAGCACUGCACUUCAUUUACUCAAUAAUUUUGUAGAACUUCAAAAGGGCGAUAUUUUAAUUCAAAAUGGUGCGACUAGUGCUGUUGGAAUAUAUGUGAUCCAAAUAGCAAAAAUAUUAGGAUUUAAUACAGGUGAGAGUUUUAUUUAUUUUUAUCAACUUAUCUUGACACUGCCUUCAUAUUUUAUGUGUUUAGUGAACCUGUUUCGUGAAAGAGAUACACCUGAAGCCACAGAAGAAACACGUAAUCUUCUUAAAAGUUAUGGAGGUACAUGGUGUCUCACAGAGUCUGAAUACAUGGAACGAGCAAAAGAACUAGGCCCUUUCAAACUUGCAUUAAACUGCUUAGGGGGGAAACCUGCAUCGAUCUUGGUGAAAAACCUAAGUCAUUCCGGGACUAUGGUUACAUACGGUGGAAUGACACGAAAUCCAAUGCCCUUACCCGUUGGUCCAUUCAUUUUUAAAGAUAUCAGUUUACGCGGUUUUUGGCUCUCUAAUUUUAAUCUACAUCAGUCCACUUCAAAAAGACAACUUACUAUCGACCAACUAUCAAAAUGGUUUUCUGAAAAUCUUAUUAGACCCUCACCAUUUGAAGAAAUUCCUUUCAAAGAAUGGCGUAAGGCGUUGCAUAUGUCAUUAUUCAGUGAUUCAGCACCAACAAGUAUUAGAAAAAAGUCUGUUUUGAUUAUGGAAUGAUGUACUAAUUUCUAUUGUAAAUUACUGUGUAAAUUGUAAUGUUACUGAGUUAGUUGAUGUUCUGCUUUUUUAUCUCCAGAACUUAAAAUUCCUACUGUUUAGAUCAUACUUAUACACCGACUUGUAAUUACCAUUCUACAAAUAUUUUGACUUUAAUUCAAGAAAAUAAUUUUCAAGAUCACAUUUUUUGUACCUUUACAUCUGUAUAGUAUACUGAAUAGCGUAUAAAGUAUAUAUUGGAUUAAGGAUUUUGGUUCGUUAAUUUAGAGUUUUUUAUCAACCAAAAUAAUAUUUGUUGCUUUCAAAGUGUUUAUAUUCAUUGCUGUUUCAAGUCAAAAAAACAUUGGUUAGCUCUAGGUUUUGACCGAAGUUUAUUGGCCAAUAUAUAUAUCAGGUAACUUAUUGCAUGUCAACUUUGUAUAUUAUUUAGGCGGCGGAUAGUAAUGUUAUUAUGACUUUUUUUCUUAUUGGGAACUAAUAAGUAUUCGAAAAAAGCAAGAAUGGCCAUAUUUUCAGAAUACUAUGAAUCCACUGUAUUUUGUUGCUUUUUACUUCGGCUGCAUGUGGACUAGCUCACUGGAUUGUGAGUUGAACUCACACUUCCUUUUUUGCCAGAGUUCCUAUAAAUUUAUUUUUACCUUAAAUAUCCUCGAACUAUCACCUGAAAGAUUUAUAAAAAUCCUAUUAAUACGUUUAUUCUUAACAUCUUUCACAUUUCCAGCAACUUAUUUGUUAUCAAUUGACAAUCCACUUUUCAACAUUUUGUUAGUAGUCGAAAACAAUUGAACUUAGUAACUUGUAUGUAGCUUAAGAGAAGGCAACGAAAUACAAUAAAUUCCUCGCCUU